CGUCGGGGGUUGCUGGGGCGGCCCAAGAUGGCGGCGCGCUGGAGCAGCGAGAAUGUGGUGGUGGAGUUCCGCGACGCCCAGGCAACUGCGAUGUCAGUGGAUUGCCUGGGACAGCGUGCAGUACUCUCAGGCCGCCGUUUCCUCUACAUAGUCAACCUGGAUGCACCAAAUGAGGGUCAUCGAAAGAUCUCCCGACAGAGCAAGUGGGACAUUGGGGCAGUGCAGUGGAACCCACAUGACAGCUAUGCCUACUACUUUGCAGCUUCGAGCAAUCAGCGAGUUGACCUGUAUAAGUGGAAGGAAGGUAAUGGUGAAGUUUGCACAUCUCUGCAAGGACACACACGUGUGAUCAGCGACUUGGACUGGGCGGUGUUUGAGCCAGACCUGCUGGUCACCAGUUCUGUUGACACAUACAUCUACAUCUGGGACAUCAAAGACACCAGGAAGCCUACAGUCUCACUCUCUGCGGUCGCUGGAGCUUCCCAGGUCAAAUGGAACAAGAAAAAUGCCAACUGUUUAGCAACAAGCCACGAUGGGGAUGUCCGAAUAUGGGACAAAAGGAAACCCAGCACUGCAGUAGAGUAUUUGGCAGCUCAUCUCUCUAAAAUCCACGGUCUGGAUUGGCAUCCUGACAAUGAGUAUACGCUGGCCACUUCCAGCCAGGACAACUCUGUCAGGUUCUGGGAUUACCGUCAGCCUCGGAAAUACCUUAAUAUCCUUCCCUGCCAGGUUCCCGUCUGGAAGGCAAGAUACACACCUUUCAGCAAUGGGCUGGUGACAGUGAUGGUCCCUCAGCUCCGUCGGGAGAACAGUCUCCUUCUCUGGAAUGUCUUUGACUUGAACACGCCUGUCCACACUUUUGUGGGACAUGAUGACGUGGUGCUGGAGUUUCAGUGGAGGAAGCAGAAAGAAGGUUCUAAAGACUACCAGCUGGUUACAUGGUCCCGUGAUCAGACUCUGCGGAUGUGGCGGAUUGACUCUCAGCUGCAGAGGCUGUGCGCUAACGAUAUCCUGGAUGGAGUUGAGGACCUCAUCGAUGGGAUUUCUCAUCUGCCAGAGCCAGACAAGACCCUUCACCCCCAGGACUCGGAGCCCCAGCAUAACUCUGGACAUGGGGAUGAGGAAGCCUUAAAAGAAGAUUUCCUGAAUGACCCCCUGGUGGGAGAGAAAACGGACCAACUGGGACUGCCUCAAACACUGCAGCAGGAGUUUUCACUGAUCAACGUGCAGAUCCGAAACGUCAAUGUGGAGAUGGAUGCGGUGAGUCGUAGCUGUACAGUGUCAGUGCACUGUGGCAACCACAGAGUCAGGAUGCUGGUGAUGUUCCCUGUCCAGUACCCCAAUAAUGCUGCACCAUCCUUCCAGUUCAUCAACCCAACCUCGAUCACUGCCUCCAUGAAAGCAAAGCUGCUGAAGAUAUUGAAAGACACUUCUCUGCAGAAAGUGAAGCGGAACCAGAGCUGCCUGGAGCCCUGCCUGCGUCAGCUGGUCUCCUGGCUGGAGUCUGUUGUGAACCAAGAGGACAGCACGUCCAGCAAUCCCUACGCUUUGUCAAACUCCGUAACACCCCCCUUGCCCACGUUCGCCCGGGUCUCCAAUGCCUAUGGCUCCUACCAGGACUCUAACAUCCCAUUUCCACGGACCUCUGGAGCCAGGUUCUGUGGUGCAGGGUACCUGGUGUAUUUCACGAGACCCAUGACCAUGCACCGUGCAGUGUCCCCAACGGAGCCCACACCUAGGUCCCUGUCAGCUUUAUCAGCAUACCAUAGUGGCCUCAUUACUCCAAUGAAGAUCCGCACAGAGACUCCAGGCAAUCUGCGUUUGUACAGUGGGAGUCCGACACGCAGCGAGAAAGAACAGGUCUCCAUUAGCUCCUUCUACUACAAAGAGAGGAUGUCUCCUCGCUCUGCCCGGCGACGUUGGUCCAUACAAGCAAUUAACGACUUCCCGAAAUCAAGGAGGUGGAAAAGCAAACGAGAAGGGGCAGAUGCCAACAACCGACCCAUCAAAGCCGCCGGGAAAGUUAUUAUCCAAGAUAUUUCCUGCUUGCUGCCUGUCCACAAGCUGCUGGGAGAGCUCUACAUACUGAAUGUGAAUAAUAUCCAGGAGACUUGCCAGAAGAAUGCUGCCUCAGCCUUGGCUGUGGGACGGAGGGAUCUCGUACAGGUUUGGUCACUGGCCAUGGUCGCCACUGAUCUCUGUCUUGGACCGAAGUCUGACCCAGAUUUGGAGAUACCUUGGGCACAACAUCCAUUUGGACGCCAAUUACUGGAGUCCUUGCUGGCUCACUACUCACAGCUCCACGAUGUGCAGACCCUGGCCAUGCUGUGCAGCGUGUUUGAAGCCCAAUCCAGGCUACAGGGCUGCCCAAACUCCUAUGGCCCCUUUCCUCAGCGUGCCUCCAACCUGGCCUCCCACAGCCGAUACCCCAGCUUUACUUCCUCUGGCUCCUGUUCCAGCAUGUCAGAUCCUGGACUUGGCACUGGAGGCUGGAGCAUAGCAAACAAAGACAUGGAGCAGGCCUCCACUCCCUGGUGCGAGUCUUCUCCAGAUGACUUCCGUUACGGAAACCUAAUGUAUCCCGAUCAUCGGGAGCGUGAGAAAGACCAGCAUGAGAAAAACAAAAGGCUCCUGGAUCCUGCCAACACUCAGCAAUUUGAUGACUUUAAGAAGUGCUAUGGAGAAAUCCUUUAUCGCUGGGGCCUGCGAGAGAAGCGGGCUGAGGUUCUGAAGUUUGUCUCUUGUCCUCCUGAUCCCCACAAAGGAAUUGAGUUCGGCGUGUACUGCAGCCACUGCCGCAGUGAGGUGCGCGGCACCCAGUGUGCCAUCUGCAAGGGCUUCACUUUCCAGUGCGCUAUCUGUCACGUGGCAGUGCGAGGCUCCUCUAACUUCUGCCUGACAUGCGGACACGGAGGCCACACCAGCCAUAUGAUGGAGUGGUUUCGCACCCAGGAGGUGUGCCCCACAGGCUGUGGAUGCCAUUGUCUGCUCGAGAGCACCUUCUGAGCCGUCCUGACAGCAGGGCGCCUGUGAACUGGAUUUAAUACUUAAUUCCCAAGCCAUGUUGAAUCAGCUCUGCUCCACAAUGUCUGGAGGAGAUGCCACAGGGAGCUGAAGCAGGAUGUGCUGGCGGUGCACUGCAGUGACGUUUACAAGUGCUUCCAGUAUUCCUACACUUCCCAGGUUGCUUUCAGACUGAUUUGACCAAACUCCCUGUGUCCAUUGCUGGCAAUGGAUGCCAGACCAGAAAAAUUGCUCUCUCCUGCAGAAGGGUGUGUGAAUAUUGGCUAGUCUCUGUUGGGAUGAGGAGGUGUUAAAAAGCUCCUAUGGAAACGGCUCGCCUGGCAGACCCAAACUCGUUCCAGCUACAUAGUGUCUUUCCAGGUGCCUCCUUACAGGGGCUCAAAGCGAGCAAAAUAGUCGUCUUUGCACAGUUAAGGCAGAAAUAAUUUGCAAGCAACGGUGAGCUCUAAAGGCGAACUGUAAACUGCGCUCAAAGAGCAAAUAGUCCAUGGGACUGUGCUCAGAGUUACUUUUGGAAGCAACAGGGUCCUUAUUUUGAAUGUCUUUUUUACAUCGUUUAGAUUGCCCCAUAAAGCAAAAGAAUGAAAGUACAUUUUUCAGGAUUACUUCCUAAAUAGCUUCCUAAUCAUUGGUCAGUGUCUGCGGCUGGUGUGAAAAGCCCAGCCAUGUGCCCGAGGUCACUAAGAUUAGUUGCUUUCUUCCAGCAGUUUUAGUACCAUUACUCUUAAGGGUCUCCAUCUCCUGCUCUGACCCGGUGAGACAAUGCACUUUAACUUGCCUGUCCCUGCCUUGUCAGUGACAUGUCCUGGUGACUGGGAAAGGCACCUGCCUUUUGAGUUUGGGAUCCACACAGUGUUUCCAUGGAUGGUGGCAUCUGAGGGCAUUUCGGAAAGCCUUUGCUUCCUUACUGAGAAAACACAAGGAGGACACUUGCUCCAUGCAACUCCUUUUGGCUGUUUUCUCCAGACUCUAUGGAGGGAAUCAAUGAAUAAUUUGAGAUUUGCUGCUGAUGUGCUUGAGUGGCGAGGCUCCUGAGCUGGGGAGGCAGCAAUUUCUAGGGGAAAAGGGGUUUUGGAAGGGUGGUGGGAUUCACGGAGGCAAAAGGUUUGUGCCUUUUCUCCCUCUGGAGCUUCAGCUGGAGAAUGUACCGGAUCAGUCUGUCUGGGGCUGUGCCUGCUGGGCGCUCCCAUCCUGGGCAUGCUGCUGUGUGGUUGCAUGCACACCCCAAGCACGCAGCUUGUGCCUCUCCUGAGCAGGCUUCCACCUGAGCUUUGGUUUUGGGCAAAUGUGUGGUCAGGGACGAGCCCCCUGGAGUAACCCGCCACCCUGUGCCAGCAAUGAUCCCUUCCUCCUGCGCUUGCCUGCUGAGCAGGGCCACAUGCUGUGCCUGCUCCCAACCUUUGUGCUAACUCAGGCUGGGGGAUCCUGCCGUGGAAUAAACAGAUGGUGUAUCUUAAACAUUAAAACAUUAAAAUUAUUUUUUUAA